CCCAAUGACAACGGGGACGACAGCGUGAUCAGGAAGUGCUCCUCCGACUCGCAGAUUGCGGUUGCCGACUCAGAGGUCUCGACUCUCCUCCACGCCUCCCGCGAGAGCAUUGGAUCCGGGGGUAACGGCGAGCCGCACGAGAUCAUGGCGGACGUCCACUCGCUGGGAAACAUUGGUAGCCUCAGGACAGGCGGGGAGAGCUGCCGAGAGUUCGCAGCAGACAUACAGAACUCCCGCAUAUCACCCGAGCCGGCGACAACUGGAGGGACCUUUCAGCUGCCCCACCGGAAGCCAACGAUACAGCAGAGGAGGACGAGCGUGAACAGGCUGCUCUCCAUCUCUCCCGCCCAUCCGAUUAACAGAACUGAAAUGAUCCAUCCCUACGGAAGCGUCAACGAGUUUCUGAAUGGCUAUGGCG